GUGAGCCGGGGCCGGGCUGGGGGCGUCAUGGCUCGGCGCGGCUGCUCGCGGGGUCCCCCUCGCCGCGGUGGCAGCCAGGGCGCCCAGUGGCGUGUGCUGCUGCGGCCGUGCUGGCUGCUGCUCGCCGUGGGCUUGUGCGGCUGGGUCGGGGCCGCGGACGGCGCCGGCGGGGCCGCGGGGGCCAUGGACGAGGAGAUCGUGUCGGAGAAGCAGGCGGAGGCGAGUCACCGGCAGGACAGCGCCAACCUGCUCAUCUUCAUCCUGCUGCUCACCCUCACCAUCCUCACCAUCUGGCUCUUCAAGCACCGCCGGGCCCGCUUCCUGCACGAGACCGGCCUGGCGAUGAUUUACGGACUUUUGGUGGGCCUUGUGCUUCGAUAUGGCAUUCAUGUCCCAAGUGAUGUAAAUAAUGUGACCCUGAGCUGUGAGAUAGAGUCCAGCCCAACUACCUUAUUGGUGAAUGUUAGUGGAAAAUUUUAUGAGUAUAUGCUGAAAGGAGAGAUUAGUUCCCAUGAACUCAAUAAUGUUCAGGACAAUGAAAUGCUCAGAAAGGUUACUUUUGAUCCCGAAGUAUUUUUCAACAUAUUACUUCCUCCAAUCAUAUUUUAUGCAGGAUAUAGUCUGAAAAGGAGACAUUUCUUUCGAAACCUUGGGUCUAUCCUAGCAUAUGCUUUUCUUGGAACAGCAAUUUCUUGUUUUGUAAUUGGGUCAAUAAUGUAUGGCUGUGUGACGCUGAUGAAAGUGACUGGGCAACUUGCUGGAGAUUUUUAUUUCACAGAUUGCCUGCUCUUCGGUGCCAUCGUUUCUGCCACUGACCCAGUGACUGUUCUUGCCAUAUUCCACGAGCUCCAAGUUGAUGUUGAACUCUAUGCACUGCUCUUUGGUGAGAGUGUCCUCAAUGAUGCUGUUGCCAUAGUCCUGUCAUCGUCUAUAGUGGCCUACCAGCCAGCUGGAGAUAACAGCCACACCUUCGAUGUCACAGCUAUGUUCAAGUCCAUUGGGAUCUUCCUUGGGAUCUUCAGCGGUUCUUUUUCCAUGGGUGCUGCUACUGGAGUGGUGACGGCCUUAAUAUCCAAGUUCACCAAAUUGCGCGAGUUCCAGCUGCUGGAGACGGGCCUGUUCUUCCUGAUGUCCUGGAGCACCUUCCUCCUGGCUGAGGCCUGGGGCUUCACAGGUGUGGUUGCUGUGUUGUUUUGUGGCAUCACUCAGGCCCAUUAUACAUAUAAUAAUUUGUCCACGGAGUCUCAGCAUAGAACUAAACAGUUGUUCGAGCUUCUCAAUUUCUUGGCAGAGAAUUUCAUCUUCUCCUACAUGGGCCUGACGCUCUUCACCUUUCAAAACCACGUCUUUAAUCCAACAUUUGUAGUAGGAGCUUUUAUUGCUAUUUUCUUGGGAAGAGCUGCCAAUAUUUAUCCCUUAUCCCUGUUACUCAAUUUGGGCAGAAGAAGUAAGAUUGGAUCAAAUUUUCAACACAUGAUGAUGUUUGCAGGCCUUCGUGGGGCAAUGGCUUUUGCCUUGGCCAUUCGAGAUACCGCCACUUAUGCACGGCAGAUGAUGUUCAGCACCACGCUCCUGAUUGUGUUUUUUACAGUUUGGGUCUUCGGUGGUGGCACUACUGCCAUGCUGUCGUGCUUACAUAUAAGGGUUGGUGUUGAUUCUGACCAAGAACAUUUGGGUAUUCCAGAAAGUGAAAGAAGAACCACCAAGGCUGAGAGUGCCUGGCUCUUCCGGAUAUGGUACAACUUUGAUCACAAUUAUCUGAAGCCUCUGCUAACACACAGUGGGCCACCACUUACAACCACGCUCCCUGCCUGCUGUGGUCCUGUUGCCAGGUGCCUGACUAGCCCCCAGGCUUAUGAGAACCAGGAACAACUGAAGGAUGAUGACUCAGAUCUCAUUCUCAAUGAUGGCGACAUUAGUCUGACCUAUGGAGAUUCGACUGUGAACACAGACUCAACAACAUCCGGCGCCCCUAGGAGAUUUUUGGGCAACAGCUCUGAAGAUGCUUUGGAUCGGGAGCUCACUUUUGGGGACCAUGAACUGGUCAUUCGGGGAACCCGCCUUGUUCUUCCUAUGGAUGAUUCUGAACCCCCGUUGAAUUUGUUAGAUAAUACUACAAGACACAGUCCAGCCUAAGCUUAUUAAUACACACUUAGUGAUUUGUAAACUUUGCACAUGUGAUUGUGAAGAAAUUUGUACUACCUAAAAAGUCCCAGUGCAUGUCUCUGAAUGUCAAAGCUAUAUACAUGCUAUUUCUAUGGCGUUGGAAGAAUAUAAAUAUUCUGUACGAGGCAGAUUGUGAACAACUAGCCUUUCCUGUUGUACUGGCUGCACUAUGUAGACUGGAUCUGUUUCUAGAAAGUUCUUUUCACAGUGAUGUUGUGUGUGUUCUGUUAGUUCUAUGUCUCUGUUAAAAUAUAAAAAAAUAUCAUGACAACUUUAAUCUUUCUUCUAUUUACCUGACACUUAACCAGAGUACUGAGUUCUUGUGAUGUGAAUGAAUUUUGUCCUGUGGGAGGAGAAGGAGAGAAAAGAAGGAGGCGCCUAGGAGGCUUCUUUGGUGGGAACCUUCGGUUGAUUGCUACUGUCUUGGUCGUGGCCUUUCUUCCCCUCUUUUUCUCGAGUGGCCUGCGAUGGCACAGGAGGCUGGUGGCAUUCAGAUCUUGCCACAUUCAGAUUGAGGAGCGAAGGACCCUGGGGCCUCCCCACUGGGUAAUGGGCCAGAAGAGAUGCCUUGCCUCCAGCACUCUGCUGUUUGGCUAUGGAGGCUGCAGGUGACUUCCAGGACUGGAAGUGAAGCCAAAGUCCAGGUGCAGAUUGUUCAAGAUGCACGGUUUCAAGUACGAGAGAUCAGGUGGGCUUGCAAGGCAGAGGCAAGAGACCGACUAGUGGUGGUUCCCGAGAUCUCCUUUCCCAACUCUGUAAAUACCCCCGCAAAGUUAGGUGUAAAGUAAGAUGUAAUUGCUGCUUCCGUUUUAUUUUGUACUUGAUCUGUAUAGCAAGCUUUGUGGUCUUCAGUUUUUAUAUCAAUUUAAAUUGCUGCUCUUUAGCAGCCAAACAGGAGCAAAAUGGAAAACUUUUUCAACUUACUGUGUCUAAUGUCAUUUUGUUAGUCUGUAGCUGAUAGUUGAAGUUAAUUUAUGAGUUCGUGAUUGACCCACAUUAUAGCAGUCAGUUGGAAGAGAAACACAGCGCCCUGCAGAAUUCUUGGAAGGGCGGUGGUUUCCCAGAAUCUGCUGGGUGCAGUUGUCUUGGGUUUCAUGUUGCUUUUUUAAAUAUUAAAUAGCUAAGCUGCCAUGUGGUUCAUUUAAUUUUUUUUACUGUUUGCAGGAAGAGUGCAUAACCAUUUCCCAUUUCAUAAUCAGGGUAUGAAAGUGGAUUCUAUUUUGGAAUGCUGAAAAUACUCAAAGGUGCACUGAACAUUUGAAAGGGGGAGACAUUUCAAUGUUGAUACUCAUCUGUUAAUAUUUCAGAAAAAGGGCCAGAGAGACAGUACAACUAGCGGGGAGGGCAUUUGCCUUGCAAGCAGCUAAUUCAUGUUUGAUCUUGGCACCCUGAGCACUGCCAGGAGUGAUUCCUGAGUGCAAAGCCAGGAGGAAUCCCCGACCAUCUCCAGGUGUAGCCCAAACAAAACAAAAAUUAUUUCAGAAGAAAAAAAUAAGAAACUUCAGUGGGGUUAUCCCUGCCUCAGGUCUGAGAUAGCAUUGCCUUAAAUCUUAACCCAAAUUGAAAAUAGGUAUAGUUCUAUGUUGUGCAGAAUUUCACAUGAAAACUACCUUUCCAAGCAAAACACACAGAUUCUCCCAAAGGCACCUGUGCUGUUGCAAACACUCCUUGAGAUUUUAAGGGGACUCUACUGUCGUAUCCAUCAGUGGCAGCUCUAACUGUUGACAUAGCCAUUUGUUAUGUAGCCGUAGCAAAUUUCCUGCCAUGCAGGAACCCUGUGAUGUGUGCGUUUUCUAUGCUCUGUGCCUCUUCAUGCAGUCAAUAAGUUCUUGUUCGUGUUGGUUUAGGGUGUUUUGAGCUUCAGUGUCAUUGACCUACAAAGUUAUUUCCAGUUGUCAAAGGUCAUACAGAAAACUAACAACUACCUUUUUUUUUAAAGAUCUGUUGCAUUUCUGAGCUCAUGUGAUGCAAAUGGCUGUAAAUAUAUCGCAUGACCAAUUCAAUAACUCGUCUAUUUCAGCAUGCCUAAGACUUUUUUCUGUAGGAAAACUGAUAAAGCUUGAGCCAACUAAAUCUGCCUUCGUACUUUUAUCAAAGGGAAACCAAGCCUGCUGUGCUUACGUCAGCACCUGGGAAAUUUUUAUUUUCUCUCUUCUAAUAUGUGUGCACAUAUCCACAUGAAGAAAACAAUGAAUUCCGUUUAUAAAUCCAUCCAGUGUAGAUACCUGAAUGAAUCUGGCGGAAGUACAGUCUGAGUUGCUGUCGUGCGCAAGUGGAACUCCUCCCAAACUUGUUUUUCUGUUUGUUUGUUGUUUUUUUUUUUGUGAACCCCCACAUGUUUGAGUGACUUGAAUGUUACAUCUUUUUAAGUUAUUUUUAAGGUUUCUUGACAUUUUAUCCUAGUUGUCUAUGUUUGUUUGGCAAUAUGCUGUUAAAAUAAUAGACCUUUACUCUUUAUGUAUUUUUUUUUUUGUUUUCCCUUGGAGUACUUGGAUGAUGUUCUAGUGGUUUCUUUUAGGAAAAUCUAUCAUUAAAAAAAUUAUAGCCUUGCAUAUAA